AUGUCAACCCCAUUCGGCAAACAUCUAGCCGCCAUCGUCCCCCAAAAGGGCGGCCCCUUGACCGUCGUCGAGCGCACCACCCCAAAAUGCGGUCCAAAACAACUCCUAAUCGAAGUCCACGCCAUCGCAUUCAACCCCGUGGACUGCUACCAGCGAGACAUGGGCAUCUUCAUCGAAGAAUACCCCGCAGUCAUCGGUUCCGACAUCGCAGGUAUCAUCGUUGAAACGGGCAGCGACACCAGUCCCAGUACCCCGACAGCCGGUACACGAGUUACUGCCUUUGCAAGCUCAUUCUAUCACAAGGGUAGCCCCGACUACGGCGCUUUACAGAAAUACGUUCUCGUGAGUGAGGAUACUAUUGCUAUCUUGCCGGACUCGUUUUCGUUUGUCGAGGGCUGUGUUUUCCCCAUGGCGGCGCUUACGUCGUGGAAUGGGUGGCUUUGGGCUGGGAUUUCGCGAGAGCCUAUUUCGCCGUCGGAGAAGAAAGGUGUGCUUGUGUGGGGUGCUUCGAGUAGUAUGGGUGCUCUUGCUGUGCAGGGUGCGAAGAGUAUGGGUUAUACCGUUUACGCCACCGCUAGUUCGCAGCAUCAUGAGUAUAUUAAGACAUUGGGUGCAUCCCGUGUCUUUGAUUACAAGGCGGAAGACGUUUCUUCCGAUAUUUUGAAUGCUGCCAAGGAAGAUGGCAUCACUAUUCGAGUUGCGUAUCAUGCGACCGGUGCGCAGCAGGUCUCUGCUGAUACUAUCAGCAAGCUGGCUGCAGGUGACCAGGGCAAGCUAGCCAUUGCACCAAUUGUGGAUAAGAGCUUGAAUGUCCCGGAGAAUGUUGAAAGUGCUUUUGUGAGCGCACCGGAGGACCCCGAGGGACGAGUGGAGAGAGUGCAGUGGAUCUUUGCAACCUGGUUACAAGAGAGUCUUGCAGCUAAGCGGGUGGUGGCGAGUCCGAAGAUCAAGGUCAUCGAGGGGGGUUUGGAGUCUGCCAACAAGGCAUUGGAUGAGUUGAUGGCUGGGGUUAGCUGCACGAAGCUUGUUAUUGAGAUCUGA